AUGAGCCAACGUCACCUCCAUAAUGCAUCCCAGCUUACGGAGCACGAACUAUGGGAACAAAACUCGGAUUAUGCCCCAACUCCUGGCUAUUGUGGCAGCCCCUACGCAGCGCUAUCUACCUUGAGCCCCUUCCCUUCGAUCGUAGCUGAGAAUGGCACCGAGCCCUCCAGUCCAUCUGGCUCACGCAUUCCCAAAUUUGUUCAGCUUUGUGAAUGGGAAGAUGGAAAAUCCUACGAUGAAGACCCGCCAACGUGUAUCCACUACCGCAUAGAGUGGCGAGUGACCGUCAAUAACAGGGAGGUGUCAAAGGACACAGAGGAAGAUGUCGUUUUGGCACCCAGCGCCUUCUGGCAGCUGUCAUUGGAGAAGAAGCUAGAGAAAGCUCUUCGAUGGAAAACUGCUCGCCAUCGCCAAUUGAGACCUGAUGAUACUGUCAUCGUACCGUCAACAAGCGAUCGUACUAAACGCAAACCGACUAAACGAUUUGACGAGACCGACAUAAUUUGGACUCCGAUCGAGAAGCAACUUCUGAUGUGGUCAGAUCUUUUUCCCGUGGUAAGGAGCUCACGUUGA